UAUUAUACGAACGGUGCACUGUAUAUCUGUUGUUAAGCAUAAAAACAAACUGUUUUGUAUUCGACUGUGUAUUCGCAUAUAAUAUAUUUGCGAAAAUUAGUUAUCGUAAACGAAUAACUACUAAUCCUGUACUCAAACAAGAUGUCGAACGUACAGAAGAAUAAAAUUCUGCCAUUUUACGUGAACUUUUCAAUUGCUGGAUUGUCGGGGAUGGGAUCCGCGGUGUUCGUACAUCCAUUGGAAGUGCUGAAAUUUCGUAUGCAACUAAGUGGCGAGAAGGGCACGGCUUCAGAUCACAAAAGCUCAUUUCAUGCAAUAAUAAACAUGGCAAAAAAAGAAAAACUUUCUGGUUUUUAUAAAGGCAUUACCGCAAACUUUAUGAGACAAAUAAUAUUUACGUCAACUCGGGUGGGCUGCUACACAUCGCUUGUAGAUGAAUUGAAAAAGCGAGGGCAGAGCACCGUGAUUAAUAACGCAUUAGCCAGCAUGUCCACCGGAGCGUUUGCAGCGUUCAUUUCCACACCGACCGACAUUGCCGUGGUCCGCAUGACAGCCGACGGACGAUUGCCAGCGGAGAGCCGUCGUAACUACAAAGGCGUGUUCGACGCACUGAUACAAAUACGAAAGGACGAAGGCAUAACAGGGCUGUGGCGAGGGACGGUAGCGACCAUUCUCAGGGCGAUGACAGCCAAUUUGACGCAGCUGAUGACGUAUGACGCGGCUAAAGCUUAUACGAUGGACAAUUAUAAAAUGGAGGACGGUUUGAAGCUACACACCGUAUCAAGCAUGAUUUCCGGAAUUGUAUAUUCCGUGAGCUCGAAUCCAAUGGACGUGUUGAAAACUAGAAUACAACAACAGAAAAUCAUAAAUGGAAAAGCAGAAUACUCGGGCAUAAUAGAAGUGGCGUCGACUUUGGUGAAGUCCGAGGGAGUUAUGGCUUUGUGGAAAGGCUGGCCUUUUUAUUAUUUACGAGUGGCACCAGGGACUGUCUUGUUAUUUAUUUUCAUGGAGCAGCUUAAAAAAAGAUAUGAAGAUAAUUUUAUGAAAGACCAGUGAGUGAUUAACUUAACAAACAUGAACCAAUGUAUUUUUUGUCAUUUUGUAAUUUUUUUUGUUUUUUUUUGUAAUUUUUUGUUUUUGUUUAUAUAAUAAUAUAAAUUAAAGAAAAAAUCUUCAUUCAUAAAAGUAUUAAUUCACGUGACACGUCAAAUGAGUUAGUUCAGUCAAAUGAAUAAGUUGAUUGAAUUUUCAUACCACUUUGUCACUUUGAACGUAAAGUAAAGCUGUUUAAAUAAUUUAAUCAAUCUGACGGAAAUUGUAUUGUCUAAAUCCGAGCAUGCAUAACCGAUACGGUGAUACACCACUGCAUAUAAAUUAUAGUUUAUAUGUGAAGAUAUUUACCCA